AUGGCAUCCUCGCAAGGUAUUCAUAGAAUGAAACAGAAAACACUACAAGAAGUAUUCAAGUUUUCUCUGUACCCUAUUCAGCAAUUCGAAGGCACCUGUGCGACGUAUAAGCAGCCCGUGGAAAUCACCAGCUUUAGCUAUGAUAGCGAUAAAGUAUUACAUAUGGAUGAUAGGCAGUUGCGAUAUUAUUACCCGCCAAAUUUGGCGGAAGAAGCUGAUUUAACAAAAGGUUACGAUACGUAUAUUCCGAAAGAGAAUGCGCGUGAACCUAUUGAUGCAUUGUUAGACGCUUUGUUUCAUCACCAACAGAAAACUGGUGAGAAAGCUAUAAGUGGUGCUGAUGUGGUAUCAUGGCGAGGUAUUUUUACAAAGAUCCUAUGUACGCCUUUCACACGAAACGAGCCAUGGGAGCUCGGGGCUACAUUGUGGAAUGAACACGAUACAGACUUGUCUAUGGCACAAGCGAAUGCUAUUACUCCACGACACAAAGAAAUGAUGUACUGGGGUUAUAGAUUUGAAACAAUAUGCACCGUCCCAAAACCACCGAACGAAAUAAAAUCGUCAGAUGAUCCCGAUCUAAUUAAUCGGAAACUAGAGCUCGUUAAUCCCAAUAUUCAAUAUUGCUCUGUGGCCAAAACAACACUUGGAAGGACUCGUUUGAUAAUGGGCGCGGAAGUUGAUUGUUCAAAUGAUGUAAAGCCACCCCCUCCACAGAAUCCUGUUGGCUCGUAUGUUGAAUUAAAGACAUCAAAAGUGAUUCAAAAAGAAAAAGAUCAAUUCACCUUUGAAAGGUUUAAAUUAUUAAAAUGUUGGGCACAAUCUUUUUUAAUUGGAACUCCGAAAAUCGUAUUUGGAUUUCGAAAUGAAACGGGCAUUCUGCAAAGUAUAAGAGAGUUCAAAACAUUAGAGAUACCGCGGAUUGUUCGUGGAAAACCAGGAAUGUGGGAUCCAUCCAUAUGUCUUAAUUUCGCCAACCAGUUUCUGGAAUGGCUACGAAAAGUCGUGGUAAUUGAUGACCCACGAACUUCUUACACUAUAAUGUUUCGGAAGCCAUUUAGAGAGAUUGAGGUAGUGCAUUCAGGUGUUGGAAAUUCAGCGGUCGCUGAAAAGUAUAUAUCCAUUUUUUGGGAUACUAUGUCAAAAAGUUGA